AUGGCUUCGACAGAAGUGCGGCCAACCCCGGAUAUCACAGCCUCAAAACCUCCUGCCGUCGACCCUGUUUCUCAACCACCAGCGCAGUCCCCAGAUUUGAGACUUGUACCUGCGACCCCUCUCGAAUACGUCCAGACCGCCUAUCUCAAUGCCGAGGAAUGGCAAGGACCGCUUAGUAUGGACCAAUACCUCGAACGCGAAGUCAUCCUCCAGGCAGCCGAUUUGACAAAAGCUGGUCGUAUCACCGGGUGGAUUUUGACGUCUGAGGCUUUACCUGCAAACCUCGAUGGUUCAAGACCCAUCCUUGCCUGUUGUGAGAGCCUUCUGGUUCACGCGUAUGUGGCCAGAGAUGGCGAGGUGGAAAAAAUCCAAGCACAUGGUAUUGCCUCGGUGUAUACGCGUCCCGAAUACCGCGGAAAAGGGUACGCGGGCAGAAUGAUGGCGGAAUUGGGCAAGAGAUUGGAGUCGUGGCAGGCAUCAGCCGGUGCAAGGAAUCCCUUUUCGGUCUUAUACUCUGACAUUGGCCAGAAUUUCUACGCCAGAUUCGGCUGGAAAGUUUUCCCCAGCAAUCACAUCCAUCUCACUCCAAUGGAUCGAGCCAUCUAUAAUUCAGCCAGUUCCGUGUUUCCUGCCGUCGAGGACUUGACCAUGGAGGAUUUGAAGCAUAUUCCAACUGUUGAGUACCUCGAGCAUCGCUUGCGUGCGAUAUCCAACGCCAGACCAGGUACGGUUCAUGUUGCGAUCCGUCCUGAUGUUGAGCACUUUGAAUGGCACUUUGCCCGAGAGGAGUAUCAGACCAAGGUCCUGGGCAAGAGCUUUCCAACAGUCAAAGGCGCGAUUCAUCGAGCCACUGGCCUAGCUUUGAUCUGGUGUCGCGUUUAUGCGGCCAAGGAAUCAGAGUGGCAACUUCACAUCCUCUAUACUGUCAUCCCCCCCUCGGUGGAAAAUUCGGGAGAUGCCGAAAACGCAAUGGCGGCCUUGCUUUUGAGAGCACAGUUCGAGGCCCAUGAAUGGGAGAUGGCAGCAGGGGUAGAGGUUUGGGAUCCUUUGGAUUUGGUAGUUGCCUCGGCUCAGAGGCUGAGAACAGAAGAGCAGGGCAAGGUGGAGAUCAUUUCCCGCGACAAGGAACAUCUGUGCAGUCUCAGAUGGGCUGCUGGACCGGCGGACGAAGUUGCAUGGCUAGCCAAGGAGAAGUAUGCCUGGUGUUGA